AUGACGUCCCCAAGCGAUUCGACACCAGCCGUCGACCAGGCCCCGAUCCUCUUCCGCGCAAACAAGAAGCGCAAAGCAGGCCUCCGCCAGCGCGUCGCAUCACCAGACGACACCGCCGUAGCCUCCUCUUCCUCAUCAGCUCCGAAUAAACCAUCUACGAACCAACCAGAAGUUGCUGUGCCGACGACAUCCGACUUUGACGCAGCCCCCGCCGCCGACGAAGAGACCGAAUCCCAUAUCCCCCCGCCCUCCGCCAUCGGUCACGCAAGCGCCUCAAUGGCGUAG